UUUCAGUACCCUGAAGGUGUGCUUAGUUGCCACUAGUCUGUUUGAAAACCCCAUGAAGGUAUUCAUCGUCUAUUUUGUGAAGCAUGAGCAAUGUUCAAUCCACUUGCUUCGGUAUCUUCACGAAUCCAUUGUUUCGAAUCAUUGAGUACAUGACAAUCGGAGCAAUUCGGAGGAUCGGAGCAAUUCCAGGUCGACGACAUGUCCUGCGUUGGUGAGGGACGCUUCGUAGAUAUUUGAUGUGUGAAGAUGGGCGUUUAUUGGCAUGGACCGCCAUCAUCAUCGUCAUCAUCACAGCAGCCAUGCAACGCAGACCUGCUCCUGGAUCAUCAUUCGAUCCCGCUCCCUGGGGCGAAUGUUAUCAUCAUACACUGCCUGAAGUGGUGAUCGGAUCGGAUGAUGUGAAAGAAGGGAUUGCGCACAUACUUUGUUGAGCCUUUGCGGAAGAAUGAAAUUGAAUGGUGACCCUUUCUUCACACUCGAGCUCAUGGACGAAUAGCUUUGCGUCAUGUACAAGCACCUUCCGAACGGAGCUGACGAUGCCGUUGACGUUAAUGACCUUUUGUAGUCAAAAGGAUGUGACAAUAACAACCCUGGAAAUCAGGUCAGAGUUCCAGUCAAAAGGAAACCGUUGGAGCACAAUAUUCUUUGAGCCUCGUUGAAGCAAUCCGCAAUGUACCUCGAAAGAUGUUCUACAAAACUUCACAUUUACUCCAGAGAAUAUAUUACAUGUCGGAGCAGCCAUCGGGGCUAUAUAUUUGGACUCCAACAACCUCAUUUAGAUGUUUGAUGUCAAACGUCUCGUCUUCUUGUACGUGUUCCUUCCAGGUUUCCUGGAACAUUGUUAGAUUCGACUACUCAUGCUGCUUAGCCAUUUCCGUCCUUUGCCGGAGGGCUGAUGUGACAAUUUGGAUCGUCGUAAUAUGUCAGGCAGUGGAUAGCUUCGUAACUGUACUGACAGAUUUGGGUUUUGCUACAUUUAGAAUGGGCUAAGGUCUCCUGAAGAGUCUUCUCCACGGUUUCAUGUGUCAGCCGCACUGCUAAGUGUGCAGGUUACAAUACCAACAAAUUAUCCUCUGAUAAAGCAGCGAAUGUUCAUGGCGC